GAAGCUUCCCAUCAUGGUUCUUAGGAAGGUGAGGGUGAAGCCGCCUAAUUCAACCACGGCUGCAUUGCAUUGAGUUUAUAUUGUGAGAAUCAUCAUCCUCACUCAGUUCAUACCAUUGGUCCCAAACAUGACUGAUGAUAAUUCACCUGAGGGAGACUUCAUCAGCCAUCAGUGGCCUUUGGAGCUCCCUGAUUACUUGAAAUUCGACGGCAAUCAUUGGCCAGACAAUGAUCCAGAUCAGUGUUUUAUUUCUGGUGGGCAUUUUCCAAAUCAGUUGAUCUAUCAAAGCUCCACUGAAGUAGGUGACUUGGGAGGAAGUGGCAGCCACGUUGAAGGGUCUUCCAGUUGUGGUAAUACCAGAGAUAUCACAAAUGGACGCCAGAAGAAUGAUGGUAGAGAGAGAUUUGCAUUCAGAACAAGGUCAGAGGUUGAAGUACUGGAUGAUGGUUACAAAUGGAGGAAGUAUGGGAAGAAGAGGGUGAAGAAUAGCCCCAAUCCAAGGAAUUACUACAGGUGUUCAGAAGAAGGAUGCCCAGUGAAAAAGAGGGUGGAGCGAGAUGGAGAUGAUCCCAGAUAUGUAAUAACAACCUAUGAAGGCAUCCACACCCACAGCAGUUUUUACUAGCUCCAAGGUUGUUCAGCCUUUUUUGUUGGCUUCGGCCACAACUAUGUAGGAAUUACAUUACUCAUACGAAAGUAGCCUCCUCUUUGUCAAAUCGCUGGCUGCUUUCCUUCUCCGUUGUAAGAGCUUAAUAAAAGGUGAUCCCCGCAGCUUCUUCUCCCCAGGCCUUUGCUUCUCGACAAACUUCAAGGGCAUAACUAUGCUGUCGAAGGGUGGCUGUAGAAAGUCAUAAAGUUUUGGGUGACUUGCUGUAAAGUUUCAAUACAACAGAAUAUCCAGUAGUGUCAAACUUCAGAAAAGUAAAUAAUAAUUACUUACUUAUUAUUGAGA